UGUCACUUCCUCAAUUCUCUGAGGGACCCUUGGUGUGGAACAUCAUUCUCUGCCGCCCAGUUUGUCAGAGGGAGCCUCAAGAAAAUCCUCCAUCUCUCACCAUGGUUCUCUGCCACAGGACACUGCACCCCUUGUCUCUCCUGGUAAAGGCUGCAGUGCUGGCUGAGGCUCUGGCCCUGGGUACCCUGCCUGCCUUCCUACCCUGUGAGCUGAAGCCUCAUGGCCUGGUAGACUGCAAUUGGCUGUUCCUGAAGUCUGUGCCUCACUUCUCUGGAGCAGCAGCCUGCUCCAACAUCACCAGCCUUUCCUUGAUCUCCAACCGUAUCCACCACCUGCAUAACUCCGACUUUGUCCACCUGGCCAACCUGCGGCAACUGAACCUCAAAUGGAACUGUCCACCCACUGGCCUUAGCCCCUUGCACUUCCCUUGCCACAUGACCAUUGAGCCCCAAACCUUCCUGACCAUGCAAACACUGGAGGAGCUGAACCUAAGCUACAAUGGUAUUACCACUGUGCCCCGACUGCCCAGCUCCCUGUUGAAUCUGAGCCUGAGCCACACUAACAUCCUGGUCCUAGAUGCUAACAGCCUUGCUGGCCUGAACAGCCUGCGUGUUCUCUUCAUGGAUGGGAAUUGCUACUACAAGAACCCCUGCAAGGGGGCGGUGAGGGUGACCCCAGGUGCCCUCCUGGGCCUGAGAAACCUCACCCAUUUGUCCCUUAAGUACAACAGCCUCACAAAGGUGCCCCAGCAACUGCCCCCCAGCCUGGAGUACCUUCUGGUGGCCUAUAACCACAUUGUCAAGCUGGGGCCUGAAGACUUAGCCAAUCUGACCUCCCUUCGAGUACUUGAUGUGGGUGGGAAUUGCCGUCGCUGUGACCACGCCCCCAACCCCUGUAUAGAAUGUGGACAGAAGUCCCUCAACCUGCACCCUGAGACCUUCCAUCAUUUGAGCCACCUUGAAGGUCUGGUGCUGAAAGACAGCUCUCUCUACACACUGAACUCUUCCUGGUUCCAAGGCCUGGUCAACCUCUCAGUACUGGACCUGAGCGAGAACUUUCUCUACGAAAGCAUUACCAACACCACGGCCUUUCAGAACCUGACCCGCCUGCGCAAGCUCAACCUGUCCUUCAAUUAUCACAAGAAGGUAUCCUUUGCCCACCUCCACCUGGCAAGUUCCUUCAAGAACCUGGUGUCACUGCAGGAGCUGAACAUGAAUGGCAUCUUCUUCCGCUCGCUCAACAAGUACACACUCAGGUGGCUGGCCGAUCUGCCCAAGCUCCACACUCUGCAUCUCCAAAUGAACUUCAUCAACCAGGCACAGCUCAGCAUCUUUGGCACCUUUCAAGCCCUUCGCUUUGUGGACUUGUCAGACAAUCGUAUCAGCGGGUCUUCAAUGCUGUCAGAAGCUGCCCCUGAAGAGGCAGAGGAUGCAGAGCAGGAGAAUCUGUGGUCAGCAGGUCUUGCCCCAGCUCUACUGAGCACUCCCGGCCCUAAGAACUUCAUGCUCAAGUGUAAGAACCUCAGUUUCACCAUGGACCUGUCUCGAAACAACCUGGUGGCUAUCAAGCCAGAGAUGUUUGUCAAUCUCUCACACCUCCAGUGUCUAAGCCUGAGCCACAACUGCAUUGCCCAGGCUGUCAACGGCUCUCAGUUCCUGCCACUCACCAAUCUACAGGUGCUGGACCUGUCCCAUAACAAGCUGGAUUUGUACCAUUGGAAAUCAUUCAGUGAGCUACGACAGUUGCGGGCCCUGGACCUGAGCUACAACAGCCAGCCCUUCAGCAUGCAGGGUAUAGGCCACAACUUCAGUUUUGUGGCCUAUCUGCCCAUGCUACACAGCCUUAGCCUGGCACACAAUGACAUUCAUAGUCGUGUGUCCUCACAUCUCAACAGCACCUCAGUGAGGUUUCUUGACUUCAGUGGCAACGGUGUGGGCCGCAUGUGGGAUGAGGGAGACCUUUACCUCCAUUUCUUCCAAGGCCUGGGAGGCCUGCUCCAGCUGGACCUGUCUCAGAAUAACCUGCAUAUCCUCUUGCCCCAGAGCCUCGACAACCUCCCCAAGACCCUGACGAAUCUGAGUCUCCGUGACAAUUAUCUAUCUUUCUUUAACUGGAGCAAUCUGGCCUUUCUGCCCAACCUGGAAGCCCUAGACCUGGCAGGCAACAAGCUAAAGGCCCUGACCAAUGGCACCCUGCCUAAUGGAACUCUCCUCCAGAAACUAGAUGUCAGUAGCAACCAUAUUGUCUCCGUGGAUCCAGCCUUCUUUGUUCUGGCUGUAGAGCUGAAAGAGGUCAACCUUAGCCACAACAUUCUCAAGACAGUGGAUCGCUCCUGGUUUGGGCCCAUUGUGAUGAACCUGACAGUUCUAGAUGUGAGAAGCAACCCUCUGCACUGUGCUUGUGGGGCAGCCUUCGUAGACUUGCUGCUGGAAGUACAGACCAACGUGCCUGGCCUGGCUAACGGUGUGAAGUGUGGCAGUCCCGGCCAGCUGCAGGGCCGUAGCAUCUUCGCGCAGGACCUGCGGCUGUGCCUGGAUGAGGUCCUCUCUUGGAACUGCUUUGGCCUUUCACUCUUAGCUGUGGCCGUGGGCAUAACGGUGCCUAUACUGCAGCAUCUCUGCGGCUGGGACGUCUGGUACUGUUUCCAUCUGUGCCUGGCAUGGCUACCUUUGCUGGCCCGCAGCCGGCGCAGCGCCCAAGCUCUACCCUAUGAUGCCUUCGUGGUGUUCGAUAAGGCACAGAGCGCGGUUGCGGACUGGGUGUAUAACGAGCUGCGGGUGCGGCUGGAGGAGCGGCGCGGUCGCCGAGCCCUGCGCUUGUGUCUGGAGGACCGAGAUUGGCUACCUGGCCAGACGCUCUUCGAGAACCUCUGGGCCUCCAUCUACGGGAGCCGCAAGACUCUGUUUGUACUGGCCCACACGGACCGGGUCAGCGGCCUCCUGCGCACCAGCUUCCUUCUGGCUCAGCAGCGCCUGCUGGAGGACCGCAAGGACGUGGUGGUGUUGGUGAUCCUGCGCCCGCAUGUCCACCGAUCCCGCUACGUGCGACUACGCCAGCGCCUCUGCCGCCAGAGUGUGCUCUUCUGGCCCCAGCAGCCCAGCGGGCAGGGGAGCUUCUGGGCCCAGCUGAGUACAGCCCUGACUAGGGACAACCGCCACUUCUAUAACCGGAACUUCUGCCGGGGACCUACAGUAGAAUAGCUCAGAGCAACAGCUGGAAACAGCCGCAUCUUCUCGCCUAGUCCCCGGUUGCUCUGCCUGCCUUGCUCUGUCUUACACCUUUAUCUGGCAAGUGCAUAAUAUAUGCUACCAAACCACCAGGCCCACAGAGCAAAGGUUGGCUGUAAACGGCUUAAAGAGUCUUUCAGGAGAGUAAAGAUAGUCAUCAAACC